ACCAUCACCCACCAACGGUCUGUACUGUUUUAAUAUAAUUCUUUGCUGCUUAACAAGGACAAAAAAAAUGGAUCAGAACUCCAAGGAAACAUAGAUUAACCUGCCAACAGUAACCAUCAUAAAGAGAUCUCAUCAAUAUAACAAAAUCUGGUCUUUAAUUUCAAACCAUGGCCAUAAGAUAGCCAUUUCAUACCUUGAGGACUCAUUUUCCUAAAUUGCGAAAAGCAACCCUUGAAAAGGAUAAGAAGCUUCUUAAGGACAAGAAAAACAACAAAAAGUAUAUUUUAGAGCAAUAUUGAACAUUCCCUGCAAGAGAACCCCACUGAAGUGUCUGUGAGACAGAUCAGGAUUGACCAGCACUCUGGCCCUCAUAGUGCAGUAAGACCUUCCAAAGGAAAUAAAACAAGUAAGAUUUUCAAGGAGCUAGUUUCUUGAUCUUCAGCUUCCCCAGGAAUCUUUACUCAAAAUCUGUCUGCCUGAGAAUGUAGCCCUCAAAGUGUCUGGGUUGUGAACUGACCUUCUCUGCUCUUACAAAGGAAAGAUCAACCUCUCAUCCACCUAUCUUCUCAUCUGUCUGCAGUUCCCUAAGCAGGCAUGAAAAAUCCCUGCAAGUGAUGAAAACCGAGGAAGGCCAGGGACUGCAAUUCGUAGGAGGCAUUUUUGAAACUGUGGAAAAUGAACCCGUUAAUGUCGAAGAAUUAGCAUUCAAGUUCGCAGUCACCAGCAUUAACAGAAAUCGAACCCUGAUGCCUAACACUACGUUAACCUACGACAUCCAGAGAAUUAACCUUUUUGAUAGUUUUGAAGCCUCGCGGAGAGCCUGUGACCAGCUGGCUCUUGGUGUGGCUGCUCUCUUUGGCCCUUCCCACAGUUCCUCUGUCAGUGCUGUGCAGUCGAUUUGCAAUGCUCUCGAAGUUCCACACAUACAGACCCGCUGGAAACACCCAUCGGUGGACAACAAAGACUUGUUUUACAUCAACCUGUAUCCAGAUUAUGCAGCUAUCAGCAGGGCAGUCCUGGAUCUGGUCCUCUACUACAACUGGAAAACAGUGACGUUGGUGUAUGAGGACAGCACAGGUCUCAUUCGUCUGCAAGAGCUCAUCAAAGCUCCCUCCAGAUAUAACAUUAAAAUCAAAAUCCGCCAGCUGCCCUCUGGGAAUAAAGAUGCCAAGCCUUUACUCAAGGAGAUGAAGAAGGGCAAGGAGUUCUAUGUGAUAUUUGAUUGUUCACAUGGAACAGCUGCUGAAAUCCUUAAGCAGAUUCUUUUCAUGGGCAUGAUGACUGAGUACUAUCACUACUUUUUCACAACCCUGGACUUAUUUGCUUUAGAUCUGGAACUCUAUAGGUACAGUGGGGUAAACAUGACUGGAUUUCGGCUGCUUAAUAUUGACAACCCUCAUGUGUCCUCCAUCAUUGAGAAGUGGUCCAUGGAGAGAUUGCAGGCACCCCCGAGGCCCGAGACUGGCCUCUUGGAUGGCAUGAUGACAACUGAAGCAGCUCUGAUGUAUGAUGCUGUGUACAUGGUGGCCAUUGCCUCCCACCGGGCUUCGCAGUUGACUGUCAGCUCCUUACAGUGUCAUCGACACAAGCCGUGGCGCCUUGGACCCAGAUUUAUGAACCUAAUCAAAGAGGCUCGCUGGGAUGGCCUGACUGGGCGUAUCACUUUCAAUAAAACCGAUGGUUUGAGGAAGGAUUUUGAUCUGGACAUUAUUAGCCUCAAAGAGGAAGGAACUGAAAAGGCUGCUGGAGAAGUGUCUAAACACUUAUAUAAAGUGUGGAAGAAGAUUGGGAUUUGGAACUCCAACAGUGGGCUUAACAUGACUGAUGGCAACAAAGACAGGUCCAACAAUAUCACUGAUUCACUAGCCAACCGAACGCUCAUCGUCACCACCAUUUUGGAAGAGCCCUAUGUUAUGUAUAGGAAAUCUGAUAAGCCCUUAUAUGGAAAUGACAGAUUUGAAGGGUAUUGCCUGGAUCUGUUGAAGGAAUUGUCAAACAUCUUGGGGUUCAUUUAUGAUGUCAAACUCGUCCCCGAUGGCAAAUAUGGAGCCCAGAAUGACAAAGGAGAGUGGAAUGGAAUGGUCAAAGAACUUAUAGAUCAUAAGGCUGACCUGGCAGUGGCUCCUCUUACCAUUACCUACGUUCGGGAGAAGGUCAUUGACUUCUCCAAGCCCUUCAUGACACUGGGCAUCAGCAUUCUCUACAGGAAGCCCAAUGGUACCAAUCCAGGAGUCUUCUCCUUCCUCAACCCCCUGUCUCCUGACAUUUGGAUGUAUGUGCUCUUAGCCUGCUUGGGAGUCAGUUGUGUACUCUUUGUGAUUGCAAGGUUUACACCCUACGAGUGGUAUAACCCCCACCCAUGCAACCCUGACUCAGACGUGGUGGAAAACAAUUUUACUUUACUAAACAGUUUCUGGUUUGGAGUUGGAGCUCUCAUGCAGCAAGGAUCAGAGCUGAUGCCCAAAGCUCUAUCGACCAGAAUAGUUGGAGGGAUUUGGUGGUUUUUCACCUUAAUCAUCAUUUCAUCCUACACUGCCAAUCUGGCUGCCUUCCUGACAGUAGAGAGAAUGGAAUCUCCCAUAGAUUCAGCAGAUGAUCUGGCAAAGCAAACCAAGAUAGAAUAUGGGGCAGUCAGAGAUGGAUCGACAAUGACCUUCUUCAAGAAAUCAAAGAUAUCCACCUACGAGAAGAUGUGGGCUUUUAUGAGCAGCAGGCAGCAGACUGCCCUGGUAAAAAACAGUGAUGAAGGGAUCCAACGGGUACUCACCACUGACUACGCCCUGCUAAUGGAGUCCACCAGCAUUGAGUAUGUGACGCAGAGAAACUGCAACCUCACUCAGAUUGGGGGCCUCAUUGACUCCAAAGGUUAUGGAGUGGGAACACCUAUCGGUUCUCCUUACCGGGAUAAAAUCACUAUUGCUAUUCUUCAGUUACAAGAAGAGGGCAAACUGCAUAUGAUGAAAGAGAAGUGGUGGCGGGGGAAUGGCUGCCCCGAGGAAGACAGCAAAGAGGCCAGUGCUCUGGGAGUAGAAAAUAUUGGGGGCAUCUUCAUUGUUCUGGCUGCUGGACUGGUCCUUUCUGUAUUUGUAGCCAUUGGAGAAUUUAUAUACAAAUCACGGAAGAACAAUGAUGUUGAACAGGCUUUUUGUUUCUUUUAUGGACUGCAGUGUAAGCAAACCCAUCCAACCAACUCCACUUCUGGAACCACUUUAUCUACGGAUUUAGAAUGUGGCAAAUUAAUUCGAGAGGAGAGAGGGAUUCGGACACAGUCCUCAGUUCAUACUGUGUAAUCAGUUAAAGAAAAAAAAAGUGUGCCCAGUAGAAAUUGUUUCUGCUAAUUGGUGUUGUUGAUGAUAUCUGUAUCUACUAAGCAUAAAUAGCCAUAUUCCCUAUCCUUUUAAGAUAGCAAAACUCAUGUACUUUAGACAUUGAAUUCAAUGCACUGAGAACAGAUGUGCAUUCUGUGUUGAAACUGAGGUUUAUUAAGGGUAUAUAAACUCCAAGAUAUGUGUAUUUUCCAGAAUCUGCUAUAUUAUCAAGACAAUGGUUAUCUUAAUUCUAUAUGCAUGCAUUAAAAAUAAAUCUUUCUUCAUGGAAAAGUAGAUCCAGAUUUUCAACAGUGCAAACCAUAAAAACAAAAUACUAAUAUUGUGGAAUUCUUUUCAUCUUUGUGGACCUUUUUUCUCCUCUUUCUCUCUCCCUGUCCCUUAUGUUCUGUAUAUCCACACACGUUCAAAUUACCCGAAGCCCUGUCUUUUUGUAGCAACUCUGUAACAAUGUUGAUGUUCAACUCAAAUUGAUUCCGCUAUUUAAAAUGUAUUACUUACACAAAGACUCAAAGAUGUCUUAGAUUUAAAAAUUGAUAAAUGUGAUCCAGAAAAUGAAAACUAAACUUGAAACCUCUGGCGUCACAAAAGAGCAUUAGCUAAAUUGAACAUCACUCAGAAAGGCACAACACAGUCGAGAAUGAUUCCUGGGUAGAAAUUCAUUAUCAUCAAGUUCUCACAUAACAUUUACUUGACAGUCCUCUGUAGGUUCAGAUCAUAGUAUGCUCAGAGUCUCUAAGGAACUGCUAUUUUUUUUUCAUGCUAUAGAUUAUUUCUUGCAAACUCCAGACAAAGUCCUAAACUAGGAACUAAUGCAUAACAUCUUCUAUUUUCCACUUACUCACUCUCACUCCGCACUGAUGAACAUCUUUUCACAAGAUGUUAUUUUAUUCCCUUCCUACUCACCCAGGAUAGAGUGGUUGUUCUCAUAGCAAUCCUUUCUGAGCAUCACCACUUUCACACUCAUUUCUCUGGACCCUUCAUCAUUUAUCAAUUCAUUCCAAGUAUAUUGGGGAGAAGGGCAAGGAGGAGAAAAUAAGUAGAGGAAAGAAUUUCCAUGCACAUUAGUUACAGAUCUCUGUAGAUUUAUUUUCCACCUGCAUUCAAAAUGCUGUAAAUAAUUCCCACUCUAACUCAGCUUGGUGAUAUAGAAAACCAACUGCAUACUUAAUUGGUUGUGAUGGAGGAUGUCUGCUGUCCCUCUGAGCUUCUUUCCUCUUUGCAGUGAGUAGGGGAAUUGAAGAUGCCUUUCAUCUUUCCUCAAUAUGGGAUCAGUUGGUUUUUGUUCUCCUUAAUGGGAUUACCUUUUGACAUAUGAAGUUAGCCCCCAAAACAUAGUUCUCAGAAGUAGAGAUAAGCCAUCUGUGCAAUCAUGUAACAUUUUGUCUUCUCUUGCUUAGCUUUAAAUGGGUUCCAAAUUUUGAACACAGGUCUCUUUAAUCAACACUAUAUUUCUUCAGUAAAGCACGUUUAGGAAAGUUCACUCUUGCCCUGAUUGUUUCUCAGUCUUGCUUUCUUCUUUAAAUAAAUGUAUUUUUAAGAAAACAUCUAUAAAUUACACCAACAUUGAUUUAUUAUUAUUGAAGUGAAAGCAACAUACUUUGUCCUGGUUCAGAGUUGCAUCCUCAUAAUCAAUAGAGACAAUGUUGGGAUAAAUAUUUUAUUAUUCAUAAUUCAUUGAUUCUAUAUAUAGAAAUCACAAAUUACCUAAGUUUAUAUUCCCAAGGGCUAUUUAAUAAACCAAAGAUGCUACCAAAAAAAUAUAAGGGUGAUUGAUGAAGUUUAGAUAAUCAAGGCUAGCAAUAACAAAAUUCACUUUUCUACAGAGACUAACCUUUAAAAGUGUA